GUCACUGGGUGUUGGUUGCUAUGGAUCUUUCGAGACUAAUGGUGUAUUAUCUCGAUUCGUUAUCGGGUGAUUGGAGUAAAUAUCCGAGUAUGAAGAAGACGGUUGACGCGGCAAUACUAAAAUUUAGAUCGAAAAAGAAUUACCGUAAUAGGAAGGACAUUACCUGGGUCAGAGUUCAGUGUCCUCAGCAAAACAAUUCGGUCGAUUGCGGAUUUUUUGUAUUGAGAUUUAUGAGAGAUAUCAUUGCGUUGAAUCGUAUAGACAUACCAAAAAUGUACUUUGAGGAAUACAAAUCUUACUCAAGAGCUCAUUUGGAUGAAAUGAAGGAUGAAUUGUGUCAAUUCAUUGUUGAUCAAAGAAUCAUAUAGCUAGGUUGUAUAUUGUUGUACAUAUAUGUAUGGAAUGUUGUUGUUGUAUGC